AUACGAGUCACGGGACAACGAGCUCGUCUGAUCCGAGUGCAUCACUCAUUUGCAGAGUUUAAGCUUAUAACGUAACGAUUCGCACCUCGCACUGCGAAUAGAAUGUUCCACACCUCAGAAUUUCAGAAAUCGGAUAACGAGAUGAUAUCGAAAAUAAUUGAUAACCUCGGACUGGACGAUGCUCGAUACGAGAUAACCGAGCGAAACGACAAUUUUAUGUCCACCAUGUAUUUGCUACGCGUAAAGUUUAAGAACAGGACGAAGGGUCAAACCGAGGAACUUCCCAUAAUAGUGAAGAGACCAUCGCAAGUGGAGUACUUUAGACAGCUCAGUCGCAGUGAAUCUCAGUUCCACAACGAGAUCCUGUUUUAUCGGACGUAUGCCGAACCUAACGACAAUUUUGCGAGGUGUCUCUACACGGAUGAACGACCGCCUGCCGACUCGGUGAUCGCUUUAGAGAAUAUGAAUAAACAAGGUUACCGUUCCUGCCCAUAUAAGUAUAACGUUCCUUUGGAGUACACGUUGGCAGCGGUUCGCGAAUUAGGACGAUUCCAUGGUAAAGGGUACGUCAUGAAGGAGCUACGGCGGGAAAAAUUUUUCGCUAUUGUGGAGCAGCUUCGAGAGCCUAGAUACGAUAAAAUGAUACCAGACGAUAACGUAGCCUAUAUCAAUUUAACAUCCACGCGAGCAGUGGAAUACCUACGCAAACACGAUUAUUAUGACGCAACCUUCUGCAAUAAAGCAGAAGCCGUACUCUCGAACGCAUUUGACGAAGUGAUGAUAAAGACGGUGGAGCCGCGAGAACCUUUGUCCACGAUGUGUCACGGCGAUUUUACAGCGAGUAACAUUCUCUUUAAGACCGACAACGACGGACGGCAGCAUCAACCGAUGCUGAUCGAUUUUGCACUUUUAAGAUAUGCAACACCUGUUGUGGAUUUGUCUACGUAUCUCUGUCUGUGUUGCUCGAACGAAGUGAGGAGAGAUAAGUUUCCCGAAAUAAUGCGGGCUUAUCACGAUGCGUUGAAGAAGUAUUUGUCAGAGGCUGAUAUUUGGGACGCUGAGAAAUACUCGUAUGAGGCUCUGCUAGACGAUUUCAGAAGAGGAGGUCUCUUUGGUUUCGUCAUCACAACCUCGUUUUUGCCAGUAUUAAUGGGAUACGAAGAUCCAGAAGACUUUCCAAGCACAGGACUCAUCAAAGCAGCAAAUCUUAACAAACAGUUGGGCGGAGAUGAAAUAUCCAAGAUAGUAGCUGAUAUGUUGCUGCAUCUGAGGGAUCUUGGCUGCUUUGAAUAUUUUUCAGAAUCGAAAAAUAUUACUUCAUAGCACAUCCUAAUGUAAAUCAUCGAUAAUCGUAACACAA